GAUGCGCUCCAUCAUUGCCCUCGACUCCCAAGGCCGCCCUCGCGCCUGCACCGCGGUCCAGGAGGACCCCGGAUCUCAGGCCCCGCCCCCUUGCGGACCUCAGGGCGCAGGCCCCGCCCCCGCUCUCGCGAGAGCUGGGAGGCGGAAAAUGGCGCCGACGUGAGCGUGAGCCCGCGGCCGCCCAGGGAGUCGCUGCAGCCUCAGCCCGAGCCGCCGGAGCCGCGGGAACAAGAGGCCGAGCCGGGCCGAGGAUGGAGGAGGAACCCUCGGGGCCCAGCGCGGACAUGCCGGCCACUGCAGAGCCCGGCUCCAGUGAGACCGACAAGGAGGUGCUGUCCCCAGUUGUGGCUGCUGCAGCCAUCCCCUCUUCCAUGGGGGAGGAGCCUGGCCCUGAGCGGGCAGCCACACCCCCGAUGUGGGACCGGGGAGCACCUGGAGGGACCCAGCAGGGUGCCUCCCCAGCCCCAGACAGUGGCCAGCCUGCCCCUGGACCCAGCCUUGGCCCGACCAGCACAGUCUCCGGGACCAGUGAGGACCUGCGGCCUCCCAGGCGACGCCCGCCUCCAGGGAAGCAGAUUCCCUGCUCCAGCCCUGGCUGCUGCCUCAGUUUCCCCAGCGUUCGCGACCUGGCACAACAUCUGCGGACCCAUUGCCCACCCACACAGUCCCUGGAAGGCAAGCUCUUCCGAUGUUCCGCCCUGAGCUGCACCGAGACCUUCCCCAGCAUGCAGGAACUGGUGGCACACGGCAAGCUGCACUACAAGCCCAAUCGCUACUUCAAGUGUGAGAACUGCCUGCUGCGCUUCCGCACGCACCGCUCGCUCUUCAAGCACCUGCAUGUUUGCGCCGAGCAUGCGCAGAGCCCAGCCCCGCCGCCGCCCCCAGCCCUCGACAAGGAGCCGCCGGCGCCUGAGCGCCCCCCGGAGUCCGACCCCGCGUCGGCACCGGGCCUGCCGUUCCCGCUGCUCGAGCCCUUCACGACCCCCGCCCCUGCCUCCGCCGGGCCCUUCCUGCCCUUCUUGAACCCCGCGCCCUUUGGCCUCAGCCCCCCGCGCCUGCGCCCCUUCCUAGCCGCCGCGCCCGGGCCGCCCACCUCCAGCGCCGCCGUCUGGAAAAAGAGCCAAGGUACAGGCGGCAGCCCGCGAAGACCCCAGGGCGGCUCCGACGCGCCCUCAGGGCACGCGGCCCCGAGCCGCAUCGUGUGGGAGCACACGCGCGGCCGCUACUCGUGCAUGCAGUGCGCUUUCUCCACGGCGUCGCGGCCCGCCAUGACGCUGCACCUGGAGGACCACCGCCCCGUCGCCCCCACGGGCCCCGCGCCCGGGCCGCCGCGCCCCGCCGCGCCGCCCGACCCGGCCCCGCUGGCACCCAAAGUGUCGCCGCUGCUGUCAGAGGGGGACUGUCCGGUUUUCUCGCCGCUCUGAACCCCGCCGCGUUGGGGGUGGGCCUUGAGAAGUGGAUACUUUUGUAAUUUGGGGGGAGACUGAGGUGGACGGGGUGGGGGGGACAAUAAAAGAGGCGUCAUGAGCCA